GUUUUCUGUGAAAAGUGAAAGAAGAAUCUUUCUGGACAGUUUAAAGCUAGCUGGUAGGAUUAGCAGAAUGCUUUGUUUGAGGCAGGUUUGCUUGCUCACACUGAGGCGUUACCAAGCUCGGGCUCUGUGUAGUGAUCUGCUUCUGAGCCAGAUAAAUGGCUGCACCCAUGAAGAUGAAGUGUUCAACCUUGUUGGAAGAAACAAGGCCAGACUUUCUGAAAAGCAUGUGGGAAUUGCAUUGAGCAUGCUGUGGCAAUUGCAAAAGGAGAGGCCCUUUCUCUCAAGGACUAGCGAGUAUGUAAGAAAUCACUCCCAGUUUCUCACCCUUUGCGUUUUGGCAGAAAACAAGGUGGAACUCAUGGAAGAUGAGGUGAUAGUGGACACCUUAUACAGCAUCCUGAGGCUCAAUGUUGAAGACCACGUUUCUCUAACAAAAGUGCUUAUUACAGAAGCAUGGAAAAGAUUAGAAAGGCUUAGCUUGCCUUGUCUGUCUAAAUUCGCUCUGUGCUUAUACAAGCAGCACAGGCACUUCAGUCCCAUAAUUGGCCAAGUAGCUCAUAUUGUGGACAUGAAACUGGAUUCUAUACAGGAUAUAAGGAUCUUGUCAGUUUUGAUGAUCAGCAUAUCUGAAGUUAUCACAGAGAGUUUUCGAGAUCGAUUACUACACAAGGCUGAACAGCUGUUAGAAGAAGAGCAUGAAGUCCACUUCAACUAUGCCAGAAGAAUACUACAGUUUCUCCAAAAUGUUCAACUGAGACAUCAUCCAGUGCUAGAAAAAUGCAACAGGAUUUUCCUUAAAAGUGCCUCCCUUCUUGAUAUACACAGUAUUAGUCAUAUUUUUGGACUGUAUGAGCAGCUGGGUUUUGGCAGUGCUGAAUUUCGCUUGAUUGCUAAACAGCUGCUAUCUGAAGCUAUAGAUGAUUAUUAUGAUCCUGAGACAUUUGCAAAAUUAUUUUUUUCUCUUGGGCCUUUGGCAGGAUCUAAGGUUAGAGAAAGGUUGCUGAUAACUGCAGUAAACAUGGCAGAGGAAUUUAGCAGUCAUCAAAUAUUGCUGAUACUGAAAACUAUGCGGAAAAUGAAAUGCAGAAAUUCUCAUCUAGUCAAAAAGAUGGCUUCUGUUCUGCACAGACACUUGGACAGCUAUCAUGUAUUACAGUUGGUAAAGUUAACACAGUACUUGGUGGUGUUGCAUUGCCAGGAUCUGGAGCUGUUUGCCAAACUAAAAAUGUUACUAUUAGGUUAUUUAAAAUCUAGUGUGAUACCUGCUGAUACUGCAGCUGUAAUUCGUGUUCUGGCCAUGCUUCCUUCUUUCCAAGUGGAGGAAAUGAUUAUAAACAAAGCAGCAGCAGUUUUGCCUCAAUGCAGACUCCAUCAUUUGAAUUGCAUUGCUACAGCUCUUGUCAAGUGGAAUCAUCAUGGCCAGUUUCACUGGCAAAACAGCUCUGAGCUGUGUGCCAAGCUUCUGCAAAAACUCAAUGACUGUGCAUUUCAGAGGCUUCAGAAAGCCAACAACUUAAAUCUUCUGCUGGAAGAGCUUCCAUAUGUGAAUGGAGAGUGGUUUGAAGAAGUCCUGAAUGAGGAAACUCUGGCCAUGUGUCAGCACUUGAUAGAUCAAAUAACAUGGGCAAAUGUUUUACCCUUGUCUUUUUUCCUCAUAAAAUCAGAGCACCGUUGUCCUGCAUUAUUUGACAGAAUCGCAUCUGUGACUGUUGAAAAUAUAGACAAGAUUCUCACCUCUGAAAUCUAUUUUAUUCUCUUCCUUUUCUCUGCUUUGAAUUAUGACCCUCCUGACAAUGAAGAAUUCUUUAGGAGUUGUAUCCAACAUCUUACUUCUAACUUGAGUCAUCUUGAAAAUUAUCACUUGGUGCUGCUUGGUCAUGUUUUGGCAAUGGCUGGGUAUUUUCCUCCAGUUCUGAUAACAACCAUAUUUAAUAUUUCUUUCCUAAGCAAACUGGAUGCUCAACUUAAAGUCCUGCCUGAUAUGGUGAAGCAGAGGGUCCACUCGAGCCUCAUGAAAUUGAACAGAGCAGUCUGUCUGGAGUGCCCAGAGUUUCACAUCCCUUGGUUUCAUGAGCCAUACUGCCAACGUGUCUUUCAUAACAGCAUGAGCCAAACAAAUCCACAGCGACAGCAUAUUCACAGAAUGCUGACAGAGAUCUUAGGAGGGAGCCAUUACUCAAGAGUAUCUGUUCUCACACCGUACUACUAUGAAAUAGAUUUUGAGUGUGUCCUGGAUGUAAAUAAAAAGCCUCUUUCCUAUGUGGCUCAGAAUAUAGCUUUGGGUGGUGUGGGGGGAAUACCCUUGAGACAUGACAUCAAGGAUGAAGGGAGAAAGGCUCUGCCACCAGGAGCUCAAAGAAUUGCUUUGGAAUUUCUUGAUUCAAAAGCUUUUAGCAAAGAUUAUUCACAUCAUCUGAAAGGAGAACCUGCAGUGAAAAAGCGACACCUGGAAAUGCUGGGGUACCGAGUCGUUCAGAUUCCUCACUUCGAAUGGAAUUCUAUGGUUCUGUCAACAAAAAGUGAACAGCUGGAAUACCUGAGACAGCAGCUGUAUGGAAUACAGUGAUGUCAGACAUGCAGUCUAAAGCACUUUUAUAAAACAGUUUAUGUAUCAUCAAACAUUUCAUAAAAUCUCUUUAUCUGUAUCAGGUGGGCCAAGGCUUGCCCAGGUCAUCAGCUGUAAAGAGAUUUAAUCCUUAUUUUGUUAGGGAUUGCAAAAGGCAGGUCACAGUGGGCUGUGAAGAUGUGGUAAGGAUGCUUACACUUUCUCGUUAUCUGGAAGCUAUUACAAGCACAUGAAUCUGGCAGUUUUGCAGUCAAAUUACAUUAUUAUUUCCUAAAUAAAUAGCACAGAAGCUUAGCCAGACAAAAAACUCUCCACAGAAAAAGUUGGAUAUAUUAUUGACUAGGAGAGCGGAGUCAGCAAUCUACUGGAAACUGUCUAUCCUCCACUAUGUGACAGAAUGAGCAGCUAGGAAUCAAACAGUAUCUGAAAUGCAGAUUUUCUAAGAAUAAGGCUGCUUUUAGAGCCAUUCAGUUUCCAUUCUCAGAACAGAGGUACUGUGGGGAGAGUGUUGUGUGGUGAGGAACCUCUAGCUGCUUCUCCUACCCUUAGAUCUGGUAUAUGCAGAAGAAUGGCUGAGCCUUCUGGAACACCUUCACAUACUGGAAAAUCCAGCCAGGGUUUGUGCAGGAGGUGUAAGAUACUGAGAUGUAGAAGGAAGAAGUGAAGAGCCAGGAGAAUGUUCAUUGUGGAGCAGUAACUGCAGGGGUGUCAUGCUUGGCAAAUCAUCCCAUUUCCAGAGGCAGCCACACUGUGCCUACAGCUGCCAUCACCUUAGGGUGACUGCCAGCUGUGCCUGUUUUCUCACAUGUGCAAGAGGAGAUAUUUUCUUGCUUAUUUAGUAGAAACAGAACACAUUCUUUUAUCACUUCACCUGAAACCUGGCAGAGAUAAGCAACUGCAUAUCUGAAUUGGCCGUUAUGCAUCUGGCUGUCACCUUUUUUUCUACUAUUCAGUAGCAGAAGAAAAAUGUUUUAUUAACUGAAUACAAGGCAGGACAGGAAUGGAAAGUCAGGAAAAACCAACAGAACUGAUUUAAGCUGUAAGGUACUUUCCUCCUGAGGCAGCCCUCAUGUUUGUGGGAUGACUGACAAAACUAGUAGUCUAGACACUUAGGGUUAUCAAAUGGACAAAGGCUCCAAGAUGUAAUGACUGCUUGGAGGAAAUGUCAUUGAAGGCACAGCACAUAGAAGGAUUCUGUGUGCAUUAUAUUUUGUAUAAAAUGGAGAAAACAAUCAUAAAUAUAGGUUAGUAUUUCAGAAGGUGGACUACCUGUCAAAGACUCUCGCAUGACUGUGUUUCUGUACAGACAGCCUUCAAGCAGCAGCCUUGGAGUGUCAGUGGCUGAAGUUACCAGUCAGGGUGGUCAUGUUUGAGCUGAACCCUGCUUUUCAGGGUUCUAGCAGUCACUGUACCAAGGCAGUUUUCUUCAAAUUAUGUAUGGAUAAAGUUAUGAGUAUGCACAAUGGGAAGAGGAUUAAAACUUGUUAUGAGUGGUCCAGAAAGGGCAUUGAAGAAAAGCAAAAAAAAAAAGCAAUUCAGUAAAAAGUGUUGUUCUUGAUUCUUUGCACUCAUUCUUUCUAUAUUAAAUCAGCAAGUGUUAGAGCAGAUGAGUGGUGUAAACCAGUGAUCUAACUGGAGCCAAUAAACAUAGGUGCUAAGCACAGCUGCAGAUUUGGGUACUAAAGAUGCCCCCAGAUUAAGUACUAGUUGUCAAUAACAUACUGAAAUAAACUAUGAUGGCUGUG